AUGAUUCGGUUGCCUGAACCCGGUUGGCGUUGGAGAACAACAGGACUAACAACCAUCCAAAGUUCUCUAGCUUUGAUUUCUUAUUGUAUGGAUGUUGAUCAUACUUGGAUUCGGGAAUGGAGAGAUGCUUCUUGGUAUGUGGUUUUUAAAUUAGGAACAGAUCAACUUCCAAUUGAAGGAGAUUUGCAAUUGAAACCACAACCGACCAUCAAUGAUGGUGAUUUGUUGCUCAAAACUUUUGAGGAAGGGGUCCAAGUUUAUAAUCCCAAGACGCGGGUGAGAUCAAGAGUAGUCAACUUCAAUGUUGCUUCUGUCGUAAUAAACUUUUUUGAGUGUGUCAAAACCCUUCAUUUGUUAGACAAAUCAACCAUCUGA